GGGCAAGAAGGAGAAGGUGGCCUCGCAGCCCAGCAUCCCCUCCAGCCUGCUGCGGGAGGAGGGAUCAGCUGCCGGCCGCUCGGACACAGCCAGUGAGUCGGACAAGAAGUCCCUGCAGCUGGACAGCGGGCUGAAUGUCAUCUCCUGCAAGGAUGGACGGCAGAUGCUCACCAUCGCCAAGGUGUCCAGAAAGGACGCGGGGCUGUAUGAGUGUGCAGCCGCCAACACCCUGGGCACUGCCAUCAGCUCCUGCACACUGGCUGUGGCACGGCUCCCUGGGCGGCCGGGCACUCCAGAGAUCCCCCAGAAGUACAAGAACACGGUGCUGGUGCUAUGGAAACCUGCGGAGAGCAAAGCCCCCUGCACCUACACACUGGAGCGCAGGCUGGACGGGGAGCACGAGUGGAAGAUUGUCAGCACUGGCAUCACCGACUGCUCCUUCAAUGUGACAGAGCUGCCCCCCGGGAGCACCGCCAAGUUUCGUGUGGCCUGUGUCAACAAGGCCGGGCAGGGGCCCUACAGCACCCCCUCGGGGAAGGUGCACCUCGAGGCAUCAGAUGCCCGAGCUGCCCCUGCCAAGGACAUCGCUGUCCUGGUCCCUGAAAAGGUGGCUUCCAGCCGGUCGACCCAGACACCCAUGGAGCCCCCCCCCACCAGCACGUCUUCCAAGGAGCCCCCAGCUGAGAGCGGGACGCCGGCAGUGAAAGACAGCACAGCUCUGCGGCAGGGCGUCCCCCAAAAGCCGUACACCUUCCUGGACGAGAAGGCGAGGGGCCGUUUUGGGGUGAUCCGGCUGUGCAAGGAGAACGCCACAGGGAAGCACUUCAUGGCCAAGAUCGUGCCCUAUGAGGCGGAGCGGAAGCAGAGCGUGCUGCAGGAGUACGAGAUCCUCAAGGCGCUGCACCACGAGCGCAUCAUGGCCCUGCACGAGGCGUACAUCACCCCCCGCUACCUGGUGCUCAUCUGCGAGAACUGCGCCGGCAAGGAGAUCCUCUACAGCAUCGUGGACAGGUAUGAGCAGCUGUGGGGCUACCAGGAGAGGUGGCCAGCACAGGGCCGCGUGCUGAUGCCACUUGCCCCCAGGUUUCGCUACUCGGAGGAUGACGUGGUGAACUACGUGCUGCAGCUCCUGCAGGGCCUCGAGUACCUGCACGGCCGCCGCAUCGUGCACCUCGACAUCAAGCCGGACAACAUUGUCAUCUCGGGCAUGAACGCCCUCAAGAUCAUUGAUUUUGGCAGUGCCCAGACCUACAACCCACUCGUGCUGCGGCAGCUGGGGCGGCGUGUCGGCACCCUGGAGUACAUGUCGCCGGAGGUGGUGAAGGGGGAUCCGGUGGGCUCCGCAGCAGAUGUCUGGGGUGUCGGCGUCCUCACCUACAUCAUGCUCAGCGGGCGGUCACCAUUCUUUGAACUGGACCCCAUUGAGACAGAGAACCGCAUCCUGGCAGGGCGUUUUGAUGCCUUCAAGCUGUACCCCAACGUCUCACAGAGUGCUGCCCUCUUCAUCCGCAAGGUCCUUGCUGUCCACCCCUGGAGCCGCCCCACGGUGAAGGACUGCUUUGCCAACGCCUGGCUCCAGGACGCCUAUCUGAUGAAGCUGCGCCGCCAGACUCUGACUUUCACCACCAACCGCCUCAAGGAAUUCCUGGUGGAGCACCAGCGGCGCCGCGGCGAGGCUGUCACCAAGCACAAGGUCUUACUCCGCUCCUACCAGGGCAGCCAGCAGCCAGGGCCACAGUAG